AAGAGCAGGAGUCCACGAUCUACCUAAGUGAUUUUCUGCGCAGUCUCGGAAGCAAAUCUGAAAGGAGAUGAAGCCCAGACCCGGGCUCUCUGCUCAGCAAAUGACUUUGGAAUACGGACUCGGAUGCCAUGAAACUGAGGACAUUGAGUUUUCUACGUAUUGGCAGUAAAUAUUUUAAACACAAUUUGUAAAGCUUCUUCUCUUAACAUCGGAGGCUACAGCAGCACAGAAAAGGAUGGGAAUUAGGGAGAAGCCAAAGAGCAAUACCCGGCAGCGGCAAGUACUCUUUCCUUUCCUGCUGCUUUUGUUCUGUGGGGGGCUCUCUCAGCAGAUCCGCUACUCUAUUCCGGAAGAAAUGGCCAGGGGCUCAGUGGUAGGGAACCUUGCUGAAGACCUGGGGCUGCAUGUACGGGAUUUAGUGACCCGCAACUUCAGAGUUAGUGCAGAGAAACAAUACUUUAUGGUAAACACAGAGAAUGGCAACAUACUUGUAAGUGACAGAAUAGAUAGAGAAUCGCUCUGUCCCCAAAAUCCUCUGUGUGUCAUGCCCUUAGAGAUUGUGGCAGAGAAUCCUCUAAAUGUUUUUCACAUAACUGUGAAGAUAGAAGAUAUAAAUGACAAUCCACCUUAUUUCCCCCAAAAUAGCAUUGUUCUAAAAAUCAAUGAGCUUGCAAUUCUUGGAUCUCGAUUUGGUUUGGAAUCUGCUGUAGAUGUAGAUGUAGGACCCAACUCUAUCCAGAGUUACCAACUCAGCUAUAGUGAGUAUUUCUCUCUGAUGGUGAAGGAUAAGACUGAAGGCAAGAAUGCCCCAGAAUUAAUAUUGGAGAAGCCACUGGACCGGGAACACCAGGGCUUCCAUCUUCUGGUCCUGACUGCAGUGGAUGGAGGUGACCCAGUCCGAAGUGGCACCGUUCAAAUCAAGAUUGAGGUCACUGAUGCGAAUGAUAACUCCCCAGUGUUCAGUCAGAAUGUGUACAAAGUUAGCCUUCCAGAGAACUUGCCCUCAGGUACCUCUGUGCUAAAGGUGACUGCGAUCGACCAGGAUGAGGGCAUCAAUGCAGAGAUCACCUACUCUUUCAAAACACUAAGAGAUAUUGGGAAUAUAUUUAUGCUAGACCAUCAAAGUGGAGAAAUUAAAUCCAGAGGUCCUAUAGACUUUGAAAACAGUAGUAGUUAUACCGUGAGCAUAGAAGCCAAGGAUGGUGGAGGCAUGGCCACUGAAUGUAAAAUUAUAAUAGAAAUUUUAGAUGAGAAUGACAAUGCCCCAGAGGUCAUUUUCACUUCGGUGUCAAGUUCCAUAACUGAGGACACAGAACAGGGAAUAGUAAUUGCUCUGUUCAAAACACAUGACAAAGAUUCAGGAGAAAAUGGAGAAGUCACAUGCCUCAUAAAAGGAAAAGUUCCUUUUAGAAUGGAAUCUUCUGCCAAUAAUUACUACAAACUUGUAACAGAUGGGGCACUGGACCGGGAGAAGACCUCCGCAUACAAUGUCACCAUCAUAGCCACUGACCGGGGAAAGCCGCCCCUCUCCUCUAGCUCAAGCAUCACUGUGCACAUCACAGAUGUCAAUGACAAUGCGCCCAUUUUCGAACAGGCGUUCUAUAUAGUCCACAUGGCCGAGAACAAUCCUCCAGGUGUUUCCAUCGCCCAAGUAAGAGCCUCCGAUCCUGACCUGGGACCCAACGGCCACGUCUCCUACUCCAUCGUGGCCAGCGACCUGGAGCCACGGGCGCUGGCGUCCUACGUGUCCGUGAACACGCAGAGCGGCGUGGUGUUCGCGCAGCGCGCCUUCGACCACGAGCAGCUGCGCGCCUUCGAGCUGACGCUGCAGGCCCGCGACCAGGGCUCGCCGCCGCUCACCUACAAGAAGUACUGCCCGAUGUCAGUGACCGUCCGGAGCCCUCUGACCCUCAGGCCGAGCUGCAGUUUUACCUGGUGGUGGCGUUGGCCUUGA